AUGGAAAAUGUGUACUACAGUGAAUUCGUGUUAAGAGAACGAGAGAACGAACUAGAAGGAGAAGAAGAUGAAGAAGGAGAAGAACAACAAGAACAACAAGAACAACAAGAACAAGAAGAAGGAGAAGAGGAGGAAAAAGAAGAAGAGGAAGAAGAUGAAGAAGGAGAAGAAGAAGAAGGAGAAGAGAAGAAUGAGAAGAAGAAAAAGAACGAGAAGAGGAAGAAUAAGAAGGAGAAGAAGAAGAAGAAUGAGAAGAAGAAG